AUGCCCCACUUUUCCCCCAUAUGCCUCUCACUGAACUUUUUCUCCCAUCCACGUGUGGCUUAAAGGAAGAGGCCAGAAAACACAUUGGUGAUCCCAGCGGCCAUGGCCUCAGCGGCUCCUGUACAGGGAAUCCAAGAGGAAACCAAGUGUCCCAUCUGCCUGGAGUAUCUAACGGACCCCGUGACCAUGGACUGUGGGCACAACUUCUGCCAGGGCUGCAUCAGUAACUACUGUGACAAAUGGGAAGAAUAUGGCCCCCUGGAGUGUCCCGUCUGCAGACACUGGAUCCAGAAAGGGAACCUCCGGCACAACUGGCAGCUGGGGAACAUAGUAGGGAAAAUUCGACAACUGGAAUUAAAUCCUAGCAAAGAGAAUCUGUGUGAGACGCACCAGGAGAACCUCGACCUGUUCUGCGAGGAGGACGGGGAAGCCGUGUGUGUGGCUUGUUGGAGAUCCCCCCAGCACAGAUCUCACAGAGUGCUGCUCGUGGAAGAGGCUGCUCAGAAAUACAAGGUAGGAAACACUCUGACGUCGGUUAAUUCAAUCCUUUUCUUCUCAGACUAAAUUGAUCUUUCCCCCCAUAGGUGCCAACUUACUCAGAUGCCGGGGGGGAGCUCAAUCUCCGCUCCG